CUUUAGUUUCUUCUUCCUUCUCCCCUCCCUUUUAUUUAGAGAGAGAGAGUGGCUUAUAAGUAUGUAAGUCUUCAACCGCAGUUCACACCAUCCCCACCCCACAACUUGUACACCACAAUUCUUGCAAGUACGUACAGUAACUUAAGACUUGUCAUGACUAUAUAUUGAUAGGGUUAGAUAAGACUGUGAGGUGUAAUUAGUUUAUGGCAAUUGCAGCAGCCAUGAAUAAUCAAGAUGAGAGCAAGGAUGAACACGAACACGACAUGGUCAUGCCUGGUUUUCGUUUCCAUCCCACUGAGGAAGAACUAGUUGAAUUCUACCUUCGCCGUAAGGUAGAGGGCAAGCAUUUCAAUGUCGAACUCAUCACUUUUCUAGACCUUUACCGCUAUGACCCCUGGGAACUUCCUGCCUUGGCAGCUAUAGGGGAGAAGGAAUGGUACUUUUAUGUUCCAAGAGAUAGAAAGUAUCGUAAUGGAGAUCGGCCUAAUCGUGUCACAACCUCUGGUUAUUGGAAAGCUACCGGGGCUGAUAGGAUGAUCCGAAGUGAAAAUCUUCGGUCUAUUGGACUGAAGAAAACCCUUGUUUUCUACUCCGGGAAAGCUCCAAAAGGAAUCCGAACUAGUUGGAUCAUGAAUGAAUACCGUCUGCCACACCAUGAAACUGAACGCCUGCAAAAGGCAGAGAUUUCUCUUUGCCGGGUCUACAAAAGAGCUGGAGUCGAAGACCAUCCUUCUCUUCCACGGUCUCUUCCCACACGGGACUCAUCGUCUAGAGGAACACAAUCAUCGACACCCCAAAAACAGCACGAAAUGACAAGUCACGCCAUGGAAAGGUUCCAAGCUUAUGGAUUAUCGUCCCAACAAACCGAUGAAAAGAUGAGCGAAGCCAGUGGAAGCAGUAGCACAGCUGAUAUUGGGACCUCUCUUGAUCUUUCAAAGCACAGCUCUUACAAUAUCAAUCCAUUAAUCCCCAUGUCCACUCCAAAUUCUAUAGAACUAGAUGAUAGAAUGAUGCAGUUAAAUCAGUUAAAGCAAACUUCUUCUUCUUUAGCCCUAAACUGCAGCACCUUAUUUGCCAGUUCUUCAUCCCAUAAUGCAAUCGACGAUCUCCAUAAACUAGUAAAUUACUCCCAACAAGCCUCCAUCAAUCACGAAUCUGAUCACCAGCAGUAUCCUAAUCACGUGCCUGAUCUUCUAUCCCAUUUCUCCACGUUGCAGUCGCAACAGCCACAGUCUCUAUCUCUUAACAUGAUUCCGGGCUCGUUUCAAGCUGCCUUGCCAGACAGAGUAUGGGAUUGGAAUGCUAUUCAAGAAGCCAACAAAGACUACAACCUAUUCAAGUAAUCAACGAAUUGCAUAUAUAUAGGCACCUUUAUAUUGCAUGUCCACUACUGCUAGUUUAUAGUCUAUCUCUAUACUAUUCUGAUGCUAUAAAAAUUGCAGAACCUAUGUUAAGCAAUAAUAAUUUGUUGUUAUGGUUUAGGAUUUAAUUGUAUUAUGAUUUAAGGCGUUGUAAUAACAAUUAAAGCCAUAAUGUUGUUCAAGAUAGGAUAUUUGGGUUUAGGGUUUCUUGCUAAUUAAUCGAAUGCGAAUGAAUUGUUUGCGUUGUUCUUGAUUUUC